AUGCAGUGCACAACAGUGAGAUGUUUUUGUCUGAUAGCUGUGGUCCUGUGUUGUUUUAGCGCCACGCUGAGCUGUGAUGAUGGCUUCAGGUAUGCCAAAUUGAUCAGAAAUGUCUCAUUUGAUGAUGUCACAAUCACCAACAACGUCAUAUACUCUCUGAGUGAUGUCAGAACGAAACUGACAUGUGCACUGGAGUGUCAACAGAACCGUUACUGUGUCUCGUUUUCCUACAAUGGUGAUCGCACGUGCCGUCUGCUUUCUGUCAAGUUUGCGAACAGCGCCAAUCAUGUCCCUUCGUUAGGAUGGCGUUACUACUAUCCCGACCCAGGUUACUGUCCAGUCGUAGAUGGGUAUGUGCUGAUUGACAGGCUGAACAUAUGUUUUAAGGCGUCAACGAACAAACAAUCUUUUGACAAGGCACGUGACAUCUGUAGCCAAUCAUGUGCCAGACUGAUUGUCCUGGACACGGAGGAGAAAAAUACAGCUGUCAAUAGCUACAUUAAUGCAACAACAGGUCGAGGUCACUACUACAUUGGCCUCACAGACAUGGUCACCGAGGGAGUGUUCGUGUGGCAGGACGGACACACAGUCGGGUUCACGAAGUGGGGUGGUAAGGAGCCGAACGACGCCGUUGAUGGUGAGGACUGCGUGGUGCUGAAACCGUGGACGGCGAGGUGGAACGACGUCUCCUGCAUGAUGCAGUAUAGGUACAUCUGUGAAAAACAUCCAUGGUGA